AUGGCGCAGCCUGCCGCACCCGCUGCCCCGCACACGCCCCCGCCGCCGCCGCGCUUCGAGCUGCUGCCGCCCGCGUACCCGGCGGCGCUGCUGCUCUCCUUCUGCGUCGCGCCGCUCGCACUGCACACGCCGGGCCUCUACGCGCGCUGCGUGCGCCCCGCCCUCGCGGCGCUGCUCGUCUCGACGACGCAGGCCGGCAGCUCGCUGCGCUCCCUCGUGCUGCCUGCGCCGCCGCCCAGCGACGCCCCCACGGCGCGCCCGCCAGUGCUCGACGCAGCGCACGUGCCCUCGCUGCCGAGCCCGCGUGCCGCCAGUGUGAGUACGACGAGCCUUGGCGAUCGGGCCGGCGCGCGCGGCUGA